AAUAUCAUGUUGGCAAUAGAAGAAGUUCUAAGAGAGCUGAGUGGGGAAGACGUAAAUGAGCAGGGAUUGCCACCAGGGUUCAGGUUUCACCCAACAGAUGAGGAGCUCAUAACCUUUUAUUUGGCUUCCAAAGUCUACAAUGGUUCUUUUUGUGGCGUCGACAUUGCUGAGGUUGACCUUAACAGAUGUGAGCCUUGGGAGCUCCCAGAUGCGGCGAAGAUGGGGGAGAGAGAGUGGUACUUCUUCAGCCUAAGAGACAGGAAGUACCCAACGGGGUUAAGGACUAAUAGAGCAACGGGGGCUGGUUAUUGGAAGGCGACUGGGAAAGACAGAGAAGUUUACAGUGCGUCAAGUGGAGCCCUACUUGGCAUGAAGAAGACUCUUGUUUUCUACAAAGGCAGAGCCCCACGGGGUGAGAAGACCAAGUGGGUCAUGCAUGAAUACCGCCUCGAUGGUGACUUCUCUUCUCGUCACACGUGCAAGGAGGAAUGGGUGAUAUGCAGAAUAUAUCACAAAACUGGGGACAAGAAAAACCCACUAUUCCAAGGAAGGCAAAGCAGCAGCAGCAGCUACCUCCUAGAAGCAUUGCCUGCGCUGAUGGAAACCACUCCUCCAACUAUUUCAUCAGUAUUAAUGUUGGAAUGCCAAACUCAAAACCCAAUGCAAGGCCUCCUCCAAAACCACCCUUUAUUUCUGAAUCAUGUUAAUGUCCAUCAACAAGAAAAUCAUGACCAACUGAUCAAAAGCCUCAAUAUCGCAAUGAACAACAACCCAGUUCCAGUUCAUCAUCAUUUGUCCCAACUCAACUUCCCUAUAAAUCAUCAUGAGUUAAUCCAACCUAAUUCCUUUUCAGUUUCACCCACCACAACCACAAUUACUACAAGUAGCGCAUCAAACAAGUACGCAAACAACAACAACAUCAACCCAUCAGCAGCAGCAGCAGCAGCAGCGUCACCAUCAGCCUUCCAAUCGAUGCUGUUCAAGUCGCUUCUCUCAAAUCAAGAUUGCACUUCCAAACAACAACAUGAGACUACUGUUCCAAAACAGUGCAAGACUGAGGCAGACUUUUCCCAUUUCCAACCAAUAUCGCCUUUGCCUUUGUCAAACCCAUUUCACUAUCAUCAACAUCAAGAUCACUAUAAAAACCCAUACCCACAACCACAACCACAACCGUUGCUUUUUGAUGAUCAGAAUAUGCAUGAUGAUGAUAAUGAUAAUCAUGAUUAUGGUGUCUUGGGGUUUUCAUCUGCUCUUCAUGACAUGUCCACUUCACUUGCUUUUAACAGGGCCGGUUUUCAGUCCAUGUUAGAUCCUUCUCUAACCAAACUCCCUGCUGGAGGAGAAUCCUGGCCUCUCGAUGCUUAAAGAGAUGUCUUCUAAUUUUCGUCAGUGUACUUUCUUUCUUUUUUUUAACCUUUAAAGUAUUUCUCAUCUUCAUGUAUACAUAUUAUAUAUAAUUAAUAUAUAGCUAUCAGCCAGUCCCUAACGUCUGUAAUGUGUAUGUAUCGUACGUGCGU